CUCAUCUUCGCGCGGAGGGUCCAUGUUCUGGAGAUUUGGCUUCCACAAUGCGUCGUCCAUUGACAGCCUCCUCGACAAGGACGACGUCGCGCUCGAGGCGCUUCUGGACGAGGACGACCUCCUGCAGGAGUGCAAGGCGCAGAACACGCGCUUGAUAGACUACUUCCAGCGACAAGACGUGCUGAAGCAGCUGUUCGGUUAUGUCACUGGACAGAUCGAACCAGAGGAGGGCAAGAGAUUCAAAUACCCAUACGUCGCCACAGAAGUGCUUUGUAGCGACAUAUGGUCGAUAGUCGAGACAUGCACGAACAACAAGGACACCCUCCUCCUCCCCUUCUGGGAAUCAGUCCUGGAACGCACACCAGACGACAUGAAGACGAACAUGGUCCUCGCCGCAAACUUUGCCAAAAUCAACUCCGUCUUCCUCAACAAGAAACCCGCAGAGAUGGUCGCCUUCAUACAAUCCCAGCCAGACGUGAUCGACCGCAUCAUACGACUCAUCGAGACUCCGGCGUUCGUGGACCUCCUAGUCCGCAUCAUACAGCUGGAUGAACCCGACGGUUGCGAUAACAUACUAGAGUGGCUUUCGCAAGAGCGCCUCAUCCCGCGCUUGGUGGAACUACUAUCCCCUUUUCACUCGCCUGACAAGCAUGCCGUAGUCGCCGACCUGCUCAAGAGCAUCACGGCUAUGGCAAACCCUUCCCCGGGUGCCGCGCUGGCCGAGAACCUGCACACCGGGCCUUCGUCGAAUCGCUUCGCGCGGGAGCUGGUCAAGCCGGACAUCAUCACUCAGCUCCUGGGCUACAUCAUCGCAGACUUUGGCCCACAAACCACCGCAAGCGGGCUGGUCACGGAUCCACCACCAGAUCCCGAGAAGGGCAAGGACAACAUGUCGUGGUCCAUCUCGAGCCAGCCGCCGUUGCCGACUUUAGAGUCGCACACUUCGUCUGUGGUCAGCUCGAUUGCGGUCAUCGUGGAGGUAAUUCGGAAGAAUAACUCGGACUACUUCGAGCCAUACCUCUUCCAUGUCUUGCGGAAUCGCCUCAUGCAGGUGCAACAGCAGAUGGACUUCUCCGAGGGAGACUUCCGACAAGCGCUCGAACCCACGAUGCAGACCACGGUUGAGAAGUUCGGCGUUGUGCACUUCGGCCCUUUGUUGGAGGUCAUGAUCAAGCAUAUGGAGCAAUUGCAAGGCUUCAUGAAGCAACCGCGCUCUCUGACAGGUCCGGUGCACACGACUGUCGGCACCAUCAGACCACUGACACUCGAGCGCUACCGAGUCAUCGAGCUUUUCGCCGAGCUUUUGCAUUGUUCAAACAUGACGCUGUUGAAUCGGUCUCCCAGCUUCACUGACAUGUACGACGCAGACGGUCGUUUACAAGGCGGCCUCGCCGGCAUGGAGCGCCUCGGCCAGGUCAUCGCACCUGCUCAGCGGCGCGAUGACGACGAUAACAUGGACGAUGUCGAGCCCGCCAUGGAGCUUCCCAUAUCAUCCGCCUCUCAGCACUCGCCCUCCAACUUCGACUCCGACGACGACAUGGGCUCAGAACCCGGCAGCUCGGACGACGAGGCUAUGGAGGAGAUCGUGAUGGCAGAGGAGUCGCCUGCAAGCCAGCGCGCGCCAUUGACGGACUCCCCGCAGACGAGCGUGCUGUCGUGCUCGCCGCACUCGAGUAAUUUCUCGACGUCGCCGAAUACGAGUACGCUGUCGAGUUCGCCGGAGACGUCGACGACGAUGGCGAGUCUGGCGCAGAGUACGGAGUCGGUGGGUUCGUCAGCGGGCUCGACUGCCGGGGCGAGGUCAAGAUCGCGCAAGGGUUCGCGCCGCAGGACGACGAUGGAUGAGAGCGUCACUGCAAGUCAGCUCGUGCCAAUCGGCGAACAGCUCAAGCGAAGAUGGUUAGACCUGGACAUCCUCUCGACGAUGAUGGACCUCUUUUUCGAGUUCCCCUGGAACAACUUCUUGCAUAGCGCUGUCUACGACAUCAUUCAUCAAAUAUUCACCGGUCCAGCCGAAAGCCCUUUGAAUCGCGAACUUGCGCUGUCCCUCUUUCGGGACGCCAAGCUGAUGCACCGCAUAGUCGAAGGGCAAAAGCGUAACGACGAGGCCACGGCGCAACCCAAGGGUGUCCGCCUCGGCUACAUGGGCCACCUCACCCUCAUCGCGGAAGACGUGAUCAACUGGCUUGAGCAGCUCCCGUCGGAUGCGCGCGUAGCCGUCUUGCAGUUCGCCCCGGACCCCGCAUGGGAGGAGUAUGUGAACGGGCGCUUCAACGAGACGAAGGCGCGGGACACGGCGCUGCUAGGUGGUGGGAAGCCGGAUGUCACACGCGGGGCUGGGGGUGCGUCGAGAUGGAAGGUAGACGAAGAGGAUGCGAAGGGUGUUGCAGCGAAGGCGCAGAUGGAGGAGAGCGGGGAGGCGCUGAAGGGGGAGUUCAAAAGGUCGACGAGUGCGCAUCCGAGACGCGAGGGCAGUGCUGACUUUGGGCCGGCGCCAAUGUUGGAGGACGAUGAUGAUGAUGAGGAUAAUGAACAGGGUGGGCGGAGAACGGAGCCAUUCGCUCGUUACCUAGCCCAGGAGAUCGGCACGACUGCUCACUUCGAGAACUCGUCUGAAGAGUCGGACGAGGACGAGGAUGACGGUGGUUGGCUGUCACAGGGUCAAUUCAUGCGCGCUCCUGUGUCAAGUCAGCAGCGACCUCCAGAACGGAGACCUCUGAGUGAUGGCUUUGGGGACACUUUCGACCCCGGGCCAUCGAAAUCGCCUGGCGCCGUGCACUCGAACCCUUUCGAGACGGACGAGGACACCUUCGGUGCCUUCACCACUGCUACUAACGGCAGCGGAGUGAGCGACUCUGACCCAUUCACCUUCCCGUCGUCCUUCCCUUCUGGAGAUGGUGCCGGAGACCUGUCAGCAUCCGCCUUCGACGACGACUUUGGGGACUUCGGCGACUUCCAGAGCGCGGGGACGGACGAGCCUGAGGAUGGGGAGUUGACGCCGACCACGGGUAGCUGGACGUUCGCGAGCUCAACAUCGUCCGCGCAGUCGGAUGACGAGGGGAAGGCCGACAGCGGGAGCGCGUCGGACGAGAGGCGGGGUGGCGCGUGAGGCAAGCUUUCUGCUCGUUCAGCGGCGUGCGUAUAGAGCAGUGGAUUCGAAUGUGCUAUGGAUACCCGCUAGGACUGUAGGUAGUCGUGCUGUCGUUGGUGUGUAGAGUUUGCCUGUUAUUCUCAUCUGCUUUCUGGACAUGA